UUGUCUUCUUUUUAUGCCAGAGCUUUUUUUCUAGCUAUUGCUUUACACUUAAUACAAUAUCGUUAGUACAAGCAGGCUAGGCUAGUGUUGCUGGUCAGCUAACCUUCUGCGCUUUCACUGGGUGUUUGUUCUGCAACAGUCCUACAGUAUGGAUUGACAAGCCACUAUUUUGAUAAUUGUUCUAUUCAGGCUGCCCGAGUGCUGUCAAGGAUGUAGAGUCGACAGACUGGGCUCCUACGGUCAAUCUCGGCUAUGAGUCUAUGACACAGGUAAACCAGUGACUGAGGCAUCUCAUAAAAGAGAGCAGAGAAGGCAGUCCAGAGAAGCUCAAGUUACCUGCACCAACAUAGACGAGCUACCAGAACCAGAGUGCUUGAAAGGUAAACAAUUUUAAUGACUAUGUUGCCAAUGCUAGAUUAAUUAUUUCAACACUUUCCUCUUUUUUACUUUAGAAGCGGUAUUAAACUUGUUUAGAACUAACCUAUUUCUCUCAACCUUUGCCAAAUAUACUGUGUAAAUGCAGCUGCCUGCGCCAACACAGCUGCAUUGCUGGACCUUGGUGUGACGGAGAACCAAGAUCCAGAACAAAUGAAAGAUGCAGAAUGUCAGACAGACCUGAGCAUGGACGAUCUUGACAAGAUGGAAGACGCUAUGAACCAAGCAUCAGCAGAGCUGAGCGACCUCAGAAUUAAGGCACUGGACACACAAUUUACCCAAGAGGCCUUUCAGAACAACCAAGACAAGACUAAGUUUUACACAGGUCUGCCAAAUUUCUUAGUUUUGAUGCAAGUGUUUCAACUAUGUGAGCCAUACAUCCCCUGUAGCCCUUUGUCUGCACUCUCCACAUUUGAACAGCUCAUUUUGGCUUUACUAAGAUUGAGAUUAAAUCUUUCACUCCAGGAUUUGGCCUUCAGGUUCAAGGUUUCCUGUUCCACCGCUUCUAGAAUUUGGCACAAGUUAAUCUGCGUCCUUCAUGAAAGGCUGGAGUUCCUAAUAGAAUGGCCAGAGCGAGAGGUACUGCAAGCGACUAUGCCAAUGUCAUUUAGGCAAGCAUUUGGAUGCAAGGUUGCCGUGAUAGUUGACUGUUUUGAAGUGUUCAUUGAAAGGCCUUCCAAUUUACUUGCGAGAGCACAGACCUGGUCUAGCUACAAACACCACAACACAGUUAAAUUUCUCAUUGGUGUUGCUCCUCAAGGAUAUAUCACCUACAUCAGUCAUGCGUGGGGAGGAAGAGUUAGUGACAAGCAUAUUACUGUAGAGAGCAGCAUUCUAAAGAAUCUGUUGCCUGGAGACAUUGUUCUUGCUGACCGUGGCUUUAAUAUAGGGGAUAGUGUAGGAUUUUACUGUGCUUCAUUGAAGAUGCCAGCUUUCACAAAAGGGAAGAGCCAGCUAUCUGCAUUUGAGGUAGAGAAAACAAGAACAUUUGCUAAUGUUCGUAUUCAUGUAGAAAGGGUCAUAGGAUUAGUGCGAAGAAAAUAUCAAAUUCUGCAGAGCAGGGCAAUGCCCAUUGAAAACAUGUCAGUAAAAAGAGGUGAUCAGCUAGCGUUGAUUGAUAAGAUUGGUGUAAUUUGCUGUGCAUUAACAAAUCUUUGUGACUCUGUUGUCCCACUGGAGUAAAUAUCUUCUAUUGUAUUCUGAAAUGUAAAUAUGCCAUAUCUAAAUGUAAUAUACCUUUUUAUAUAUACUUGUUCAUUCUAUUGUGUAAAGAAUUGUCAAGGAAAUAUAUUUCCUCAUUGGUUGUAUAAAAUGCAGGGUUUUUUCUAAACAAGGGAACAGGGGCGCUGCGCCCCGAUACUCCCGGCGUGCGCCAUCCUACCGAAAUGCCGACUGAACCUGUCAGACUUGGAUCUGUACUUACAUGCUGCUGUACAACAUACACUAUUUCUCAAAACGAUCUUUUCUCCGCGAAAAUAUCCCAACACCGCCUCGGCCGAAGCAUCACGGCCGAGGCGAAAACAUGGGUAUUUUUUCUUUAGUUCGUCCGUGAACUUACAUUUACGUUUAGGCAUGGCUGCAGAUGUAAUGUGCUGUUGUAAACAGAGUGGAAGCGGCAAGGUGCUCAAUGUUGCCAGAUUGGAAAUGGCAAAGUAACGUACCAAAGGCUCAAAAUGGUCGUAUUUGGAGGAUAAUUAUCGUGGCUCUGGCAACCCUGAGAUCGGUCGCCCAAUGACGGACUCUCUCUACAGUCAGCUCGCGCAAGAAGGUGGAACGUAAGGGAGAUACCAUUUCCAGAACUUGGAAGGCCGUAAUAACCAUCGACAUAUACAAUGGUAAUAACUAGUAGGUUAUGUGAAAGACCCAGAAACACAAAUAUGCGACGAGGCAAAAACAAAUAUGCGACGAGAUAAUGUCCGAAAACCGGACAUUAUCAUCAAUUAAUAAAGAAAACCCGGACGCCCCGGACGGGACGUAAAAAGUGGACAUGUCCGGGGAAAAGAGGACGUUUGGUCAGCAGGCUCAACCUGUUUGACGCAUGAGGAGCGUGUAACAGCGAGCGACCAAGUGACGUGUUUUUUUUUAAAAUCUUUUUAUUAUAAU